AUGGAGAUGUUUUUCGGAGCUGCCCUGGAGCAGGAAUUAAAGAUAGAAAAGGAAGACUCAGAUGGCCGGGAAGCAGGAAAAGGCCCUGAGACCAGCCAGGCUGGGAACAGCAGGGAGUUCUGGGAAAGAGCUGAGCAGAAGAUGAUGGGAGUCGAAGAGGACGCCACCAGCCCAGGUGUGCAGCAUCAGAGGUUCAGGCAGCUCUGCUACUGGGAGGCCGAGGGACCCCGGGAGGUUUGCAGCCAACUCCACAGGCUUUGCUGCCGGUGGCUGAAGCCGGAAAGGCACACCAAGAAGCAGAUCAUAGACCUGGUGGCGGUGGCUCUGGCCGAAGGUUUCCUCGUGAGCCGGGCAGAGGAGCAGAAGCCGGAAGAGCAGCAGAUGCAAGAACUGUUGUCAGAAGCAGCCCCUGGUUUCCCUGAAGCAGAGGAGAGGCUGCCCCGCAGCGGGUUCAAAGAGGAGGGUGAUGGAGUUUUCUACCGUGCCACAUGCAAAAGUUCCCAAGGGAAGGAGAGCGAAAAAUGUCCACAGAGGGGAGGAUUUCGUUGGGAAGGAACCAAGGAAAGCUGCCUUCUGCUGCUUCAGACCAUCGCUGCAUCCAGCUCGAUGCUGGAAUGGAACUGCCCAGGCAUCCUAAGCCAUCUUUUCGUGGAGCGGAAGAAGCUUCAGGAGGAUGGGAUCAGCUGUCAAGAGUUGGAAGAAUCAGAGAAAAUGCAGUGGAGGGAUUUGGGGAGGAAGAAGAAGGAAAAAGACGGAACAACAGAAACAAGCAAAUGGAAGCAAAUGGAACAGGAAUGGACCAUCCCCUUCUCAUCAUGGGACCCAACAAAUACUGCAGAAAGAAAGAAAGAGAAACCUUGUGGAAAGAGCUUCAGUCAGAUUGGACAUCUUACUAUACACCAAAGAACCCACAGUGGGGAGAAGCCGCAUAAAUGCUUGGAGUGUGGAAAGAGCUUCAGCUAUAGGGGAGCCCUUACUAGACAUCAAUGGACCCACAGCGAGGAGAAGCCGCAUAAAUGCUUGGAGUGCGGAAAGAGCUUCAGCGAGAUGAGAGCUCUUACUAGACAUCAUUGGACCCACAGUGGGGAGAAGCCGCACAAAUGUUUGGAGUGUGGAAAGAGCUUCGGUCACACCUUUGUUCUCCCCAGCAGCUUCCAGGAGCCCCCUUGGCCCCUCCCCACCUCACAACCGAUUGGGUCAUGA